AUGGCGACAGGUCUAUCGCAAGCCACACGUGACGAAGCUGCCAUGCUUUCAGAGACCUUUCCUCUAUGCGAUCUUCCGCAAGAACUUCGUGAUAAGAUAUACGAGUAUUCCUUCGACUCGAAGAUAAUCUUCCGCCAUGACCCAUUCGGGCCUAAGAUGGAGGGUUACGAGCGACCUGAACUUUAUCUGCCACCUAAUGAGACAGACGAAGAGAUUGAGGACGAUGCUAGGAGCGUACCCAACGUAAAGAUCGAAGGAGUAACUCAUCGCCAAAUCGGAAUGCUAUCCUUCAAAAUCUUGAUCGCGACGCCUUUGCUCGCUGUAUCCAAACUCACGAACUUGGAAGUGAAAAGGGUCAUUGAAAUCGUGAAGAAAACCUGGGCCCGGACCAUCCGAGAGUCUAUCCAUCAUCUACACCACAUCAAAUCCCCUAGCCCCGCCUUCCUCGAUCUCUGGUCCCGCAGUGAACUAGUCCUCGGUCAUCAACCCGGCUCAUCUCUCCUCUUCUUGAGACUUCUUCCAGAUUCGCUCAAGAAGUCGCUUCGUCGGCUCUACCUCACCUUAUCUGUUACACUUACCUAUCCCGGCUCGGAUUCUCGCGCAGUAUGGGAGCCGAAUAAUCCUGAAGAGGAUGCCUUGUUUACCAAUAGUAUAUGGGCUUACCUCCCGAACGUACGUGAGAUGGCGAUCGAGAUCAUACCGACAUACUACGACUCGUGGCUUGUCGGCAGGACUCCUCCUUCGGAAUAUGUUCUCGAUAUGGUUUGGGAGGGCCGCUUGGAUACUGUGUGGUUCUAUUACAGAGGUGACCGUAUCUCAGUACAGACAGAUAGACUCUUCUUGUGGAACGUGGCGAUGGAGGGGAACAGCCCUGAUGACUACAGUGAGGUGGACUUCUAUCUAAAGGGGGUGGAAGAGACCAUCUCUCGUACGUCGGCUGGAUCCGCGGUAUGGCGAGAACUACAUGCCUUUCGCGUUGUGAAGAUCACAAAAGAGCGGAAGCCAGCUUAG